ACAUAGUUGACGAUGGUUGAGCGAAAGCAGUUCAAGACGAAGUUAUGUGUUCUGUAUCAGAGAGGUCGCUGCAAUCGCCAUAAUUGCUCCUUUGCGCAUGGGAGUGCCGAGCUUCGACGAUUCCCUGGCUCAUUUAGUGAUACAGAAGAUUAGAUAUGCAAUAACAAAUGGCAUAUGGGAUUAAUGUCAGAUUAAUUUAUUCAAUGGUAGGACGAUCACAUUAUCUUGUUGAGACUAUUGCAUUUCCAGCAGUAUGGAUAUUUCAUUUAGAUGAGAGAUCUUCAGAAGGCAUUCUACUGAUUGGUUUAUCUUAAAGGCGAUGCUGGUGUUGUUCAUGAAAUUGUAAUUCCUUGGCAAUGUUUUUUAUGCUUCAUUCCUUGAAUCUAUGGAACUACAGUGUUACCUCAGAUCUUUCUUAGGCUUGCAUGGAUUGCCUGCUAAUAUCAUGUUUCGAUCAGAAGCAAGUUCAGCAAAUUUCCAAUCAUUUCAUUAUAAAUUCUACUGCCUGAGUGUAUGGAGCUUAUGCUAUUCCUUUUGGCUGAUACUUCUUGAAAUAUUAUGGCUACAUGGACACUGACAAAAGGGAAUUAUUAGUGGAGAUGAUGUCUGGAGAAAUCGCGUCAGAUAUCUUGUUGAUGGAUUUUUAUUUCUUAAGCAUCUUGGAUAUAUCCCUACCUUUGAGAUUAUAUUUUAUAUCUUACUUCUCUCAUCAAGUUGGGGAUGUGAAAUGUUCUUUAUCCAUUGCUACCUUGAUUUCACUUCAAGGUAUAUGCUACAUGCGUGGGUUUACUAUAUCUGUCAUAAUAUGAGGGUGCUAGUUUCUAUCCACUUUAUGCUCUUACGUGGGAGGCACUAUUACUAUACAUUAUUAUGUUUCUCUUGUUAUUCCUGUUAAUGGUAGGAGAGACUAUUUAGGCAAUGACUUGAGGGAUAAACUUGAAAGAAGGCAUUUAUCUCCUCGAAGGUACUCACCAGCUCAAGAUGCAAGAGGCCGCCAGAGCAUCCGUGGCUGAUGUCUUCAUUCUUCAAAGAUUGAAUGAAUACAGUCCUCCAAGGUCUUUGGAGAACGAAAGUGACAGAAGACAUAGGAGAAAACAGGGUAUUACUGGUCAAAGUGAUACUUCUGGAAAUUUGAAAGCCUCAGAUAGAGUUCAAGAUCAAGCUAAAGAAAGAAAAAUGCUUUCCUCUGGUUCUAGGAAUACACUUGAGGAGCAGCUGAAGAAAGUAGAUUCAGGUAUCAGUGCUCUACAGAACCGAAAAUUCCAGCUGGAGGUCUACCUUGAUGAGAGUAUUCAAGAAGUGGAUAGCCUUAAUUCUAGAAUUCAGGAGCUUGAAGCUCAAUUAUGCGAAGAGGAUGAGGAGUGCAAAAGAAUUACUUCAAGAAUAAGGAAGUUUGUUAGAGUUCACAAUCAUAUGUCACAGUUACAAGAUGAACUGAAGAGAUCUCAAGUCCGACUUCAACGGUUUGGAGAUCAGCUUGUCUCGGAUAUUUCUAAAAUUGGUGCCAAUGAAGAAGAUUUAAGCAUUGAUAUUGUCAGCAAUGGUGAAAAUACUGGUCUUCUUCCAAUUGUCAAACAUAAUGUGGAGCAUAAUGAUGCAUCAUCCCACAGAAAAAGGCUGCAUAUUGAACGAGAUGCUUUGGAAGAUUUAAAACAAGAUAGAUCAAAAGAGGGCCAUUCGGUUGAGACAGGUAGAACUAAGAAGCGAUCUCGGUGGAAUACAUCAGAUCAAUUGAAUGAUGAGUCUCUCAGGGGCCCAGAAAAUGGAACUGAAGUUAUUAGAGCUCUAGAUCCUGAAGGCAGGCACAAGAGAGGAAAUAUGCAGUUGAAGCAACCUAGGAUUGAAGUGCCAUCAACUAGCAUGGCAGCUCAUGUGGCUGAUGAGGACGUUGAUAUUGAACUUUACAACGGAAAUGAUAUCAAUGAAACUGCAAAUACAGAAAAUGAGAAUGGAGUGGCAUACAAGGUGAAGGCUGCACUGCUUAUGCUUCCCCCAGCUUUGAUACCUCGUAGCAAUUAUUCACAGUACGAGGGUAACGACGAGAAUGUUGAUGUGGAUGGCUGAUGAAUAUAGGCAGCAGGGUCACGUGUGGUUUAGUCUAAUCAGUAUUGGCAGUUUCUAACUUUUGGUGGCUCGAACAGUAGAAUUUGAAAAUAGUGGAUAGGAUGCAAUAUUGGAAACAAGAAACGAAAGAUUUGUGGAUCUACUUGAUUAUCUAUUUUCUGUUGGACUUCUUGAUGUGGUUAUAAAUGUAAUUCUUUGUUAUCUAUGAUA